AGCCCACCCAUGUGGACACAGUUAUGUAAUGCAACUCUAAACAUACGCACGCCCUCUCACACUCACAGGAAGCGAAAAUGUGGAACCGGUCACAAAAGGACAUAGAAAUAUCACACAGCUGGAGCCUCUGCAUCACACGGAUACUUUGUCUGCUGCUCUCAAAACAAGUCCAGGAUGGCUAAUCUCAGGGCACUUCUCUCGCUGGCUGUAUGUCUCUUGCUGAGUCAACAGACAGUGGCUAAGAAUGACUCUCCCUGCCAGAAAUCAAAAUGGAAGACUGCUUUUGACACCUUUGUCAAGCGGCACAUUCGCUCAGGAACCCCAGAUUCUCUGGAUCAAAACGAAUGGGAGAAGUACAUCCGGAACCACGGGGGCUGUAACCGACCCACCCAGUCCUUCCUCCAUCCCAGUGACCUGGACAGGGUGAAGGCUGUGUGCACGAGCGGAGGGGGGAAGACCUACCAGGAGAACCUCUGCAUCAGCCGGCAGCCCUUUAAUUUUGUCACAGUGAGGAGCGAGCCGGGAACCUGUGGCAUCAGGAGUAUCCAUCGAGAGACCAAACAUCUGAUCCUGGCCUGCGAGGUGCUGGACAACCAGUGCCUGCCGGUCCAUUUUGAGGGGAACCCUCAGAAUGCAAAGCCUGAUAACAACGCCAGGGCCUGCCAGCAAGGGAGAGCAGGCGCUCCCAGCCUUAAAAUGACCUGGCUCUGGUUGCUCUCUAUUUUUGUUGUUUUAAUUUAUGGCCAUUAACUGUCCUGUGGCACAACUUAAGAGUCCUUUGUUCAGUCAUGUGCAAUCAUAUUUAUUGGAGGUAUCUUUUUUUAUUGGAUGAACUAAAUGGGAGAUUGGAUUUUUAGUAAAGUAAGUUUGCCAAAGAUGUUGAGCAAGUGCUCUUUUUAUGCAUGGUACGGUACUUUGCUUACAAGAAAAAUGUUGUAAAAAGUACUGAAAUUUAUUUUCAAAAGUUUUUGGUUUUAAAAUUAUUUAAAAAAUCACCAGCAGAUAAUAUCAUCAUCAUAUCAGUUUUGUGGCUGGAUUUUAAGAUAAGUUGAAUAUUUAGAGUUUUUUUUUUUUUUUUUUUUUUUUUUAAUUGUGGUUCCUUACUACUAUGGAGCACAUGUGCAUGAACAAAACCACUUGUAUUUACAGGAAUACUUGCAAAUAUAUUUACAGUAUGUUGUAAUAAACUAAAAUCUGACCCAAGAAUUGACCCUAUGAUCUGAAAGGUUGGACGUAUGUGAUCACAGGGUAUGCGGUCUCACUUUUACUUGAACCAUCUUACUGGCCGUCAUUUCAGUGUGCUGCCUCUUCAAAAUGCACUUCAGCUUUACUAUUAGUUUUUAGUUCCUUUCACCAGCUGUGAGCUUGAAGCUUGUUAAGUAGCCUAGAUGAAACACAAUUUGCUGGAAGUCCUCUUCAAAAUGUGUGGUUUCACAUUUUAAAGAAAUUUCCCCAUUUUACUUUUGUUAUCAUUGACUUGUCACUUACAAAAGAAUUAUUACUCCCUGUGUUUCAUUGUUAUAGUUUAACUCUACUUUUUAGCAUUGUGUUGUUUUUUUCUUUUCAUAUUUAGCCGUCAGCAUGCAUUGCAUUGCAUUUCAAAGUAUUGAAUGUGCCAAACAAAUAAAAUUUG